AGCUCAUAAACUCCUUCCAAACCGGUUCACGUUACGUCAUAUUUAGGGGGCGUGUCAUCGUGCGUUCAGUCGGGAGACGUCAAGAACGUAAAGAAGCAGCUGGGAUCAGCGUGGACAUGGAGGACACACUGCUGUGGAUUCUGGGUGUGUUGUUACUCCUGUUCUGCAGUGUGGAUGUGUGGUAUUAUAUACGGGUAGUGGCUGUGGUGGUCAGGGCCUGGUUCCUCUCACCUGUAUUUGACAUCACAGGAGAGCAGACCACUGGCGGACGAGUCGUUCUCCAUGACGUUGACUUCUGCCAUAUGAAUAAUGCCCGCUACCUACGCGAGUGUGACUUUGCCCGUUUUUCUUUAUACACCCGCAAUGGGGUGUUGAAGGCACUAAGAGCUCUAGGGGCCACCAUGGCUGUUGGGGCAAGUACUGUCCGCUAUAGACGCCCACUGUGUGUCGGUGAGGCGUUUGAGCUGCGCAGUCGAAUCCUCACCUGGGACGACAAGUCAUUUUACCUGGAGCAGCGGUUUGUGUCUUGUAAAGAUGGGAUGGUCUCGGCUGUUAUGUUCUGCAAACAGAAUGUCCUGCGCAGCAGCCCGGACAAGAUCCUGCAGUACUUGUGCAAAAGAAAGGUUGAAGUGCCAGAAUUUCCUGAAGACCUGCAGCACUGGAUCAAUUUCAUCGCAGCCAGCAGUAAAGCCCUCAGGGGGGAAAGCCAGCUCGAUAAUAAAAAGAACGAAUGACGGCUCACUGCCUUAAAUGAACUCUUACACAAUAUGGUUUACAUUCUGAUGCACAUAUAUUAAUGUCUCAGGUGUUUGGAUACUCCAAUGCAAAAUAAAAAAUGUGAGUUCAGCUGUA